CCACCAGCCCCCAGCGGGUACCUGGCGGCCGCGGAGGCGGGCGGGCUGGGGGCGGCGCCGCGUGGCGUCACGCAGCUGGGUGGGAGAGCCGGCAGGUGGCACCCCGGCGGCCUCCUCGCCUCUCCCAGCUUGGCCGGCGGCCGGGACAGCAAGGGCCGCCGUGAGGAGCUCCGCGCUCGCGCCGCCGCCCUCCGCUCUCACGCGCGCCCGGCGCUUCGGCUCCGCGCCCCGCAGGUCUUUUGCUCUUACGGAUGCAAUGAAUACCUUGAAUAUAUGUCCGUCUGCAUAUGUGCGUAUACGUCUAUAGGAACCCAUUGAGGAGCCAGUAAAUCCUGUGGAAAAUGGCCUUCAGUGAUCUUACAUCGAGAACCGUGCGUUUUUAUGAUAAUUGGAUCAAAGAUGCUGAUCCAAGAGUUGAAGACUGGCUCCUCAUGUCCUCGCCUCUACCACAAACCAUCAUCCUGGGACUCUAUGUCUAUUUUGUCACUUCUCUGGGACCAAAGCUCAUGGAGAAUCGAAAGCCCUUUGACCUCAAGAAAACGAUGAUAACGUACAAUUUUUUCAUAGUACUCUUUUCUGUGUAUAUGUGUUAUGAGUUUGUGAUGUCUGGCUGGGGUACAGGCUAUUCAUUUCGAUGUGAAAUUGUCGACUAUUCCAGGUCACCUACAGCAUUGAGGAUGGCACGCACUUGUUGGCUUUACUACUUCUCCAAAUUCAUCGAGCUGUUAGAUACUAUCUUUUUUGUUCUGCGUAAGAAAAAUACCCAAGUGACUUUUCUGCAUGUCUUCCAUCAUACCAUCAUGCCAUGGACCUGGUGGUUUGGAGUCAAAUUUGCUGCAGGUGGUUUGGGAACGUUCCAUGCCUUUCUCAAUACAGCUGUGCACGUAGUCAUGUAUUUCUACUAUGGACUUUGUGCCCUGGGACCAGCCUACCAGAAGUAUUUGUGGUGGAAAAAAUAUUUGACGACAUUACAGCUUGUCCAGUUCAUUAUUGUCACCAUCCACAUAGGCCAGUUCUUCUUCAUGGAGGAUUGCAAGUACCAGUUUCCAGUCUUCCUAUACAUCAUUAUGAGCUAUGGGUGCAUCUUCCUGCUGCUCUUUCUCCAUUUUUGGUACCGUGCUUACACCAAAGGUCAGAGGCUGCCCAAAACUGUGAAAAAUGGAAUCUGCAAAAACAAAGAUCACUGAAGCACAACAUGAAUCUCUAAAGCUAUGAUAUCUUGUCUUCCUUGACAAUCAAGAGAUAUUUCCACGUGCAGUGCAUUUUGUAUAUUUUUCAAAACCUAGAGCUUGUAUUUUUAUGAUAAGUUAUUGGGGUUUCUGAUAUUUGAGAGCCCAAAGCUCCCAGAGAAGUGUCUUCUGAUAAUUAGAGCCUAAAGCAGCCAGUUUUUCAGCUGCUUUGAAACCUAAUGCAAAGGCUUUGUUUAGUACAUUUUGUUACAAUGAGAGUAGGAUGUGAAACAGUACAGUGCUUUUCAAAGAAGUUCAGUAUACAUGAAAAAUAUCAUUAGAUAUUUUGAGCACGGACCGAGAUCCAUGCUGUACAAUGGAUUCUUUCUGCCGGGUCUGGAAACCUCUCACUGUGGGCUCUGGCUUUGUGGUGUGUUCACUAUAUUCAGAAGACACUAUGUUUACUCUAGAGUUAAAUUCCUAUUCUAAAGAACUAACAAAGGUGAACAUUAAGUGAAUUUUGGUAAGUUAUCAUUUAAAAUCCCUAACAAUAAUUAGUAAUGGAUCCUUUGAGUAGCCACCACCAGUUUUGCUUAUAAAAAACUUCCUCACAACCUUUUGUUGUAUAAAAGUGUUUAGAAAUAACAAAAUCCUUUGGUUAGUACAUUGAUGCACUUGACACUAAGGUUAUGUUAAAAUUUUGAAGAAAGGUGAUUUGUUCGGAUGGCUUAAGGAACACUAUGCUCUUACUGUUUUGUAAUUAACUUUGUAUAUUUCUGGAAAGAGGUGAAUUUGUCAAUGGAAGAACUGUGUCGUUCAGUGGGGAAAAUCUAUUGUCUGUUGUAUUAUAAUGUCACUUUCUCAUAUUUCUCACAGUUUAAGGGAUGAUCUUGGUUAAAUACAUGUUGGUUAAAUGUGUAAAUGUUCAUAUUAUUAGCAAACCGCAGGUACUCUUAAAUCCUAAAUUAUUUUAGACCACCCAUCACACAGUUUUUAGACACGUGCUAGAGUAGCUUAUGAAGCAACUGGAGUCAAAUGGUGACACAGAGAUUAUCCAGGGAAGAUUUAGUUAUAUAAGGAUCUCAAUAAACAGAGAGAGAAUGCAUAAUAGUUAUUGUUAUAAAUAUACUGCAUGAAAAAAAUAUUUUCCAGAAUUAUUAACAGCCUGGAUUUCUUCUUUCAAACUUAUAAACUGUAUAAUGAAGGACUAAAAUUCACUUUGCAUAGGUUUCAUUUUGUCAAAAUUGCUACUUUCUAAAAUUCUCUGGCUCUCACAUUUUCUUGGAAAACUCAAACUAAUGGUUAGUAGAGUUUUGUCCAAGAAACAGCAAUAUUUAGACAUUUCUGAAAUUUUCCUUAUAACUUGUUUUUCCCUGUGAUAUUUAUACUCAAUUUUUGAAGGGCUGCUUAUGGUUGUAUGACUCUAAACAAUUAGUACUUAUGGGCCUCCGUUAUUGUGUAACACACAAUACUUAUUGUACAACAAAGUCUGAGCGUUUACUUACUAUAAACUCUUAUAGUUCUGGGUCUCAUCCCAAUCCAUUAAUCCAUGCCAUGGCCUUUUGUCUUCAUAACAGAUUCAUAACUUAACAGAUUCAUAAGGUUAUGUGCCUUUAAGUGACCUUUAGUGACUUCACUUGCUUACAGUAUGAAAAGAUGAGGGUUGAGAAAUGGGGGGAAUUUCAUAUUUUUAAAAAUAAAGACUAAAGCACAGGAGAGUGGAGCGAAAAGAAAACAGCAGAUCUAAUUUAUUUCUCUUGAGGAGCUCAAGAUUCCUUAAGUGUUUUCCUGUUUUGGCUCUUCACAUGCAACCUGUGCUAAAUGAGAAGGUGUGGUUAUAUACACGUAUGAAGAUACACGCAAUUGCCAAAGGUCCCGGUAGGGUAAAGACAAAAACCAAGCAAAAAUAAAAGAAGAUAAAACAGGAGAGUUUGAUUUCUUUUCUUGCAUACUUUCUGACCUUGUACAUUGCUCCUAACCGCCCUGUAGCCUUUGAAAUGUUUGACAUGCCUAUCAGCUAACAGCAACAUGUGAUGGAACCACAUUCUAAGUUAUGUGAAUCCAAGUGGAGAUCUAGAAUGUUACAUAAAAAGAAAUCACAGCUGGCAGAAGCACCCUCCAUAUAAACAUCAGCAGGUCAAAAUGCAUAUCACUGAAUGUAGAAUUUGUACAGGCAGUGUUUCAUUCAAGGGCUUGGUGGGUCAUGGAGGGUUUCAUCCCACUUUUCAGGACUUUAUUGCCUUUGGGUUUGCUUACCUAACAAGUACAGAGCCCAGUUACAAAAUUUGACUUAUGACAUAAGGCUCUAUGAAUCCUUGAGAACCUAUAUCUGUAUUAUAAAUAAAUAGAAAUACAAAAAUUUAAAUAUCUAUGGGAACAUUGCCAUUUUACAGCUGUAACUGAGUAGAGUUCUUAAUUGAAUAGACUACAUCGUUACCUAAAUUAUAAGAUUAUGAGGUUACAUAUCCUUAAUUAUCCCAUAUUUCUGUCAAAUUUUUAAAGAUUGGGAAACCUCUGGAUAUUGUCAAAGUUUGGCGGGGGAGGGUGUGUGUGUGUGUGUGUCUUUUUCUGUAGAUUCUCAAACUGCAUACGUUUGCAUGGGUAGGGUUUUAACUCGAAUACUGAUUUAACCAACGCAUUUUACACAUUUGUUGCAUACUUGCUAUGUUCCGAGCUCUGUGCUAGACAUUAGAAUAAUACAGAGAUGCCUAUGAUAUAGUUGCGACCUCCUGGAGCUUGCGGACUGGCAGAGGAAAUUAUGUUAUAGGGCAGUAUUUGACAGAUGCCAAAUGAGUGAGAAUCCUGUCACUGAGCAAGCAGGGAAGCUCUGUGAAGGGAUCUGAAGUUGAGUUCUGUGUUUAAGAUGUACAGAAUUUCAACAUGGGUGGUGACUUAGUGGGUAAAGUGUUCUAAGUGAAAAAGAAAUAGCAAAACAAGGGCGAGGAGAAUGAAAGUAUUAGGAAAGUUGAGGGAAUGGCCAAUAGACUAAAUUAAACUGAGGCUUCCUGCAGGUGCUAUAGAGAGAUGAGGCCAGAAAGGGAGGCCGGCUCUGACUGGGGGGACACUCUAGUGUGAUCCAAGUGGUAACCUAAGAGGAGUCAUCUGGUGGGGUGGGUGGGGUGGAGGCCUGAGGCACUAAAGGCAAAGAUAAAUUAGUUAAUUAAGGAUGAAGUGAAGAGAGCCAGAGCAAGUGAUGGAAAGAAAGAGGCUGGUGUGUGAGAGGUUAUGAUGGAGAAUCAGAUCUGUCCAAGGAUGGAAUGUGUAGUGGGUCCAGGGAAGCAGCGUGUUGGUGUGGAAACUUGGCUGAAUCUGAAGCUGGAAGGCCUGGGUGGUAGAUACCAAGUGACCUUGGACGAGCCAGCUCACCUCUCUCAGCUUUUGUUUCUUCAUCUAUAAAAUAAGAAUGCUAGUGCAAGCUCUCCUUGCUGGAUGAUUGUGUGACUUAAAUGAGGCAGUGUAUUUAAAAGCCUUUUAUAUUAAUUGGUAAAAAUGUGAAAUAGCAUAUGCACAGAGAAUACAGACUCAGCAGAGUUGAGUGGGGAGGAAAAGAAAGCGAGUCCCUAGCUUAAGAUACAGCAAAGGUUAUGAUUCUGUCCACUUCAGGUGGAAUAAUAUUGGGUUGUGGGAAAAGUCAUGACGCAUUUUUGCAAUGAAAAACACAGAAAAAAUACAUUAUGACUUUUCUGACAACCCAAUAUAUGUGUUGAUUGGAGAUGGGGUGAGAUUAAAGUUCCUCUAGGUGUUUUCACCCAUGCAGCCACAUGGCACGGGCUCACAGCAUGUCCUGUCAUACCAAGCUCCCCCAAGUUGAGGAGCACAGGGUUCUUACUUUUAUGUGGCUAUCUGGGGGUCGUCAUGGUGUUUAUUGACAGCUUGUAUCAGGUCAUGCUGUACAUGUGCAUGUAGCCCCAAAAUCCUUACAAAUUAUAACACUGUUAACAUCCAAAAGAGCAUUUGUGUCUAUAUUCAAACAGCAGAAUUAUGAAAAUAUUGCUGUACCUUCUACAUAUUCUAGGGCCCACAGUAUUCAGGAAAGUUAGGGGACAAUCUGGUUACUAAAGGCAAAAAGCUUGUUAAGCUGUGUAAUAUUGGAUUAAAGUGCCCAGGCUACACAAGGGGGCAUUCUGUGCCUAGUACUUAUGACUUCAAUAGGAAUGGUGUAAGCAUUUGACUAUCUGAAUGCAAAAGCUAUGAGCUCACAGCUGGUCUUCUGUCUUAAAAGCCACACAGAUCCCUCUCAGUGUAUCUUCUGCCUGCUUUGUGUUUUCUUGCCCAUGAGUCUGUUUCUUUUCUUUUUAUUCUUGUGCCAAACAUUCUACUUCAGUCCCACAUAGUUAUGCCUAGAUUAUAGAAUUAUCUUUGGUCUUGUUACAUUUUUUCCCAAUACAAAAACGUUUUAUCUGACAAGGCUGCCCUCAUGGAGGGAAGCUCGGUGUAGUGGUUCAGAGCACGGACUCUGGAACCAGCCUGUCUGGUCAAAUCCCGGCUCUGUCACUUACUAGCUGUGUGACCUGGACAACCUCCCUGUGUCUUAGUGUCCCCACUGAAAAUGGGAACAAUGACACUACUUCCCUCAUCAGUUUAGUGUGGGGAUUAGAUGAGUUAAUACAGGGAAAAACUUUUAAAACAGUGGUACCUUCUUUCCAGUUGUUCAGGCCCAUCCUUCCUCUCUCUCUCUCUCUCUCUCUCUCUCUCUCUCCCCCCCCCCCCCCCCCAACAUCUAAGACUUUACCUUAAGGUAUAACCAGAAUCUGACUGCUUCUGGGCCCUCCUUAUGUCAUGCCUUGAUUCUGGAAUGGCUUCCUAUCUGACUCACUGCUUCCACCUUCACCUCCUUACAAUGUGUUGUCUACAUCUCAUUCAAAGUUAUCUUAGCAUAAAUUAAAUCAUGUCAGUCUUUUACUCAGAACCCUCCAGUGGCUUCUGGUUUCACCUAGAGAAAAAGCCAAAGUCUUUAUGAUGGUCUACAAGGCCCUCCAUGGUCUGUCUCCCACCUGCUAUCAGUCCUUUGUCCUCCUCUCCUACAGCCUUGGCUCCCUCAGUCACAUUGGCCUCCUUGUGUUCACAGGACAAGGCUAAGCACAUUCCCAUCUUAGGGCCCUGAGUUUUGCUUUUGCCUCUGUCUGAGGGGCUCUUUCCCAAGUAACCGCUUGGCUAAGCCCCUCACUUCCCUCCAGUCUUUGCUCUUAUGUCCCUUUUUUCGUGAGGCACACCCUGUUUAUUAUUACAACUUGCACCUUAAUCCAUUUUUACCUGUUCUUUUUUUCUUCCAUAAGGUACUUAAUACCUUAUAACAUGCUAUGCAAUGUACUUAGUUAUUAUUUAUGUUGUCUAUUGACUGUCUUCCUCAUUAGAAAGGUGGAUACCCUUGUCUUCAAGGGCAGACAUUCUGUUCUGUUCACUGUCGUUACGUAGAACAAUGGCCGGCAUAUUACAGGAGUGAAUGUCCGUUAUCUGGAAUUUGUCACGUGUUUUUCUCAUGAUUAGACUGGGGUUAUUAGUUUUUAGGAGGAAGACAAUAGAGGUAAAGUAUUCUUAUCACAUCAUUAUCAAGGUUACAUACUUUCAGUAUGACUUCACUGUUGAUAUUAAUCUUGACCACCUGGUUGAGGUAAUGUUAUUCCCCCCCCCCCUCUUUUUAUACCUUGUCCUUUGGGAGGGAGUCACUAUGCACAAUUACACUUAAGGAUACCCCCUUGAGGGCAAAGUAUCUACAUAAAUUAUUUGGAAUUCUGCAUGGGCAAGUUGCCUGUUCUAUUAUUUAUUUAAUCAUUUAUGUUUAUAUUAGUAUGGACUCGUGAGUAUCAGUUUUAUACUUUGAGCUAUAAUCCAGUAUGACCUUAUUUAUUUUGUUGCUCAUAUUCUUCCUGGUUUGGCCAUUGGGAGGUCUUCCAUGUGGCUCCUGUGUCACUGACAUAUCCCCACAUCCUUACUUUCUGGUACUACAAGAUGCUGCAGGCUUUUACCUUGCAUAUUUCCUGCUCUUUGCUAGAAUCAGCCAGUUCCCAAGGAGCCUUGGUUCCUUUGAUUGGAGAAUAGUAUUAGAAAUAAAGAGCUAGCCCUAAAUGUGCUAAUUGCCACUGAGUAUCAUUGCUUCUAGGCCCUCGUAGACCCAAGGAAGUAUAUGUGUGUAUACUAAAA